AUGCCGAGACCGAUAUGGAACGUUUCAGACCGCGACCGUGACCACGACUUUGAACCAUGGUCGCAGGUGACAGAUGCAGAAAGAUCAGGUACUGAGAAAAGGAGAAGGGAGGUUGAGAUUUGGUUUGAGGAGGUAGUAACAGUAGAAAAUGAAUUCGGUGCAUUGAAAAAGAGCAUACAAGAGGGAUUAAUAGAAAAUGCAACUAGCAGUGGGGAUGGAGUGGCGAAAAUGGAUGCAACUGUAGAAGAACUUACUGAGCAAAGCAAGCAUUUUGAUGGGCUUUUGCUUGAGGCUUUUCAGAGCAGAGGUGUGGGUAAGACUACAUUGGCGAAACACAUCCAUAAUCAUCUCCUUGAGAGAACUCAAUUCAAGGUUUAUUGGAUGAUUGUCUCUCAAGAAUUUAGCAUCAAAAGGCUGCAAGAUGACAUUGCUAAACGCCUAAGUUUUGAUCUGUCACACGAGGAUGAUGAGGAUAGCAGGGCAGCCCGUUUGUCCAGGGAAUUUGCGAAGCGGUCUGUCCUCAUACUCGAUGAUUUUUGGCAAGAAUUUUCUUUCGAAAAGAUUGGAAUUCCUCUUGGUGCAAACAAAUGCAGAGUGAUCUUGACUACUCGGUCAAUAGAAUUAUGCAACAGGAUUAGCUGUCAAAGGGUAUUUGAAGCUAAAACUUUGGCUACGAAUGAAGCUUGGGAUUUGUUCAAUCAAACACUUGACCCUAAGACAGUGCUUCAUGGAGAUGUGGAAGAUAUUGCCAAGUCCAUUGUGGAAAGGUGUGCUGGUUUGCCUUUUGGUAUUAUCACAGUGGCUGGAAGCUUGAGAGGUGCGAGGGACAUCUGUGAGUGGAGAAAUGCAUUGGAACAAUUGAAAAUGCUCAGUAGGGCACGAUGA